AUGCUGUUCAUCUUGAUGGCAGCCCAUCUGCUCGUUCUUGUGGCGAUGCUGCUCGCUACCACUGCAUCAGCCCAAUCUCACAGCAGCACGACUGGCAUCUCGACCACUUCCACCACCAGAGCCAUCACCACCUCCACCGCGAUAGCAACCCAUACUGUUCAGGUCGGCUCAAAGGCAGAUCCUCAUCAAUACUCGCCUCAUAAUGUCUCCGCUGCGGUCGGCGAUAUUAUCGUCUUCGAGUUCUAUCCGAGAAAUCACUCCGUCGUGAAAGCAGAUUACCUUGCGCCGUCCCCCAACCUGGUCCCUAGUCGUCAACGACACAGAAGUACCUCCCUCCACCCCAUCCUACCCUACCCCAUUCUCACUACAAACAUCACUAACACCCAAAAGCCCACAUUCUUCUACUGUACAGCCAUAGACUCCUGCAUCGGCAACGGCAUGGUCGGCGUCAUAAACCCGAACUCGACCAUGACCUUCGAAACCCAAUACAACCGCGCAAAAACCUACCCCUACAUGCUCGUCCCAGGCCAAUCCAUUCCCGCCGAAGGCACCAUCUCCUCGACCUCGACCUCCACCUCAACCUCAUCCCCCUCCAACUCCCCCUCCUCAAGUUCACCCACCCUCAGCACCGGCGCCAUCGUCGGUAUCGUCAUCGGCUGCGUAGCCUUCAUCGCCAUUCUCGGCGCGUUAUUCUUCCUCCUGGGAAGAAAUAGAGUUUACCGGCAGUGGAUGUCGAGUCAAGAUGGAAGGCAUGAGCGUACGGCCAGGUGGGCGGCGCUGUUGAGCCCGGGGCAGAGUACUGGAAAAGGAGGAAGUGGUAGUAAUGCUGCUGGGCAGAGGAAGAGUGAGAUGGAUGGAGGCAGUGCGUUGGUGCCGCAAAGUGAGUUUAGCGGUGCGACUGUUGGUGGGUUGUCGCCGCCGUUGGGGCAGGGGUUAUGGGGGUGGGAUGGGGUGCAGUCGCCACAGCAGUCGAUGCAGAUGCAGCAUCAGGCUGGGGGAAUGGGAGGAGGAGGGGUGUAUCAGGGGCCGCAUGGGCAGGGACAGGGACAGGGACAGGGACAGGGACCGGGACAGGUGAUGUAUGAGGCUAUGGUUAGGGGACCGUCGGAGUUGGAUGGGACGGGGAGGACGUGA